AUGAAUGUAGAACAAUACAUUACUGACUAUAUGAUGACAACUGGGUCUUCUUCUACAGAAGCUCUUCAUGCUGCUGAUCAAGUUGUUGAAGUUGUCAAUCAGGGUGCCAUCCAAGAAAACCUAUUACAAAUGAUUCAAGCCAUGGGUGAAUACUUGACAAGUGACGAUGAUUUUGUUCGAUCUAAAGUAUCGGUACUUGUCAGUUUUUAUUGUGAUCGGCUGUCAGAACAAACAUGUGUACCUACUAUUCUAGAAGGACUCGUUGCUCUUACUGGAUUCCCUCAUUUCAAUGGUGUCAAUGCUGUCUUAGUAGCUAAACGACUUAUAGAAUGUGUCGAUAUGCAACGCUAUCCUCAAGUGACCAGAAAUUCGGCUUAUCAUGUCAUUCAAAAUUUAGUGGAUAAAUAUGCUAAUGCUUUGAAAUCAAUCAAUAAUGAAUUCGUUUUUGGGUAUUGUCAACUUAUGGAUGGUGAAAAGGAUCCUCGCAAUUUGAUGUCAGCAUUUAAAAUUACACGAUCUAUCAUCGAACAAUUCGACAUUACAUCACAUGUGGAAGAUCUAUUUGAAAUCACAUUUUGUUACUUUCCUAUUACCUUUAAACCUCCUCCUGAUGAUCCCUAUGGUAUUACUGCUGAUGAUUUGAAAGUUAGUCUAAGAAUGUGUUUGGCAUCUACUCCAUUAUUUGCCAAGUUUGCGGUUCCUUUGAUUUUGGAGAAGUUGACAUCUACUUCUGGAAGUGCAAAAAAGGAUUCAAUGGAAACAUUAGCUUUAUGUGCACCUGUAUAUGGAUCGACCGCUUUAUUGCCCAAUGUAGAAGAAUUACUAGAUUCCUUAAAAAUAGAAGUAUUCCAUGCCUCUGAUCAAACUCUUGAAGAUGCUGCUGUCGAUAGUAUCCGAUCUUUGGUGGGUGCCAUUAGUUCUGGUGAUAAUUCUACUGAUGUAUCUGUGGAAGAUCCUUUAGCAAAAUCUUUGAAAUCUCUCCUUGAUGAAUGUCUUGCCAAUUUGAAAGACUCUGAGUCAAAGAAUGUCAAACAAACAGGUCGAAUUUUACGCGCAGUUGCGUCUGCUUCAGAUCAUGCCUUCCAUGUCAUUACUGAUUCGGUGAUGCCAUUGUUGCUACACAGUUAUAGGGAAACGGAGAUAGCUACUCGAAAGAAAACCAUCAUGGAAAUCUUUUUAGAAUUAUUGGAAGCAAGUCGAGUUGUCUAUGGAUCGGCUAAUGAUGAUCAUCAAAUGGAUCAGGAUAUCAUUUCGCCUUUAUUACCUUAUAAAGACCGCUUCUUUGGUAUGUUUGAAUCUUCUCUUUUAGCCUCGAACGAAUAUAAUGGUUUAAGAUUAUGUGGACUUCACGGUCUCAAACUUAUGAUUCUCCAUGCCAAUUAUCUUACAGAAAAUGAAGUCGGUGUGGCCAUUCAAUCGUUUAAUAAGAUCAUAUUAGAAGAAACCGAUGAUGAACUUCGAAGUGCAGCACUGAACUCACUUGAAUCCAUUUCUGUUGUUGAUCCUUCAUCUAUUGCUGACCAGACCAUUCCUGCCAUUAUUAAUCGUUUACCUCAAAGUUCGUUGGAAAAACAAGUUAUUGGUUUCCCUCAACUUUUAUAUGCACUGAAAUCUCUUUGUCCUGAACCUACUGUCUUCAAAUUUGGAUUACCUCUAUUGAUGGAAAAGUUUGACAUCAUAUGUGAAAGUGAAACGGAUGCUCAUUAUGCACAAGCGAUUAUUUCCACUAUCCUUGAUAUCAUUCAUAUCAAAAGUACACAAGAUCAUGAUGAUAUUAUCCCAUGUUUCGAAUCGAUUGUUUGGUCAUUGAUUACCAAAGUCGUCAUUGCUUCUUUGGGUGCUAGUAAAACAAAAGUAAUACUUCUCUCGGAUAUUCUGGAAACGAUCUCUCUACUUUCUGCCAUCAUCUAUCGAAAGCUGGACGCAAGUCAGCAACAAGUCAACGUGGAUAAAUUAUUCAAACUGUUUUUAGAAGGUGACAUAUCAGUGAUAGGGUUAUCUGCAAUGGAAUUUGCACCUCUCAAAGCAAACAGUAGUGAAGCUCAACAUGAUACAGUUCAAUUGUUUGGUGCAAUUGUGGCGUCUAGUCGAAAAGAAGUCUCCUUACCAGUGAAAUCGAUUCAAUCUUUCUUGGAUGAUCUUGUAUCUUUGACUUUAAGCUCUGGUAACACUAUCUUACAAAACUCCCUUGUCCGUAUUAUUGGAUCAGUGAUCAACAAAUUAAAAUCAGAUGAAUCAUUAUCAAGCUAUAUUCAAAGCAUCACGGCCAAACUUGAAUAUUGUGUGGAUCAAAGAACAUCUGAAAAACAAAAUGCAUUAUUGAUUUAUAUUUGGAUCACCAAAGCAUUGAUUAUGAAGACUCAAACAUUGGGAUAUCAACUCACUGAUAAACUUAUUGAAUGGUGUGGCAUACCAAUAAGUGAAUUGAAUACCCCUCAAAAUUUUGAUAGCUUAUUAGGUGAUGAUCAUCUUGCAUUAAACAAAUCUUGUUUUUCAACUAUGACUAUAUUGUACAAACAACGCUUUUUUAGUUUUUGUCUCCCUAAAUUGAUUCAUGGUUUCCGGUCUUUCGAUGAAGAUAUCAAGUAUAAUUAUCUGAUAGCUUUAUCUUAUUUGUUAAAGAAUGUUCCAAAACAAAUUCUAUUGAAUGAACUUCCUCCUGUAAGUUAA